UAUUUUUUUAUUUUCGACAGUUUACUGGUUUAGGUCUAGUUGUUGUUGUUCGGUCAUGUAUGGCUCGGUUUUUGGCGGUGAGGUGCUGUGUUUGCAGCAGACCUUGGCAUUCUCGAUAGCUUGUCGGGACUCGAAGACAGUGACGUGUUCCCACUACUCCAUGCGCACGUUACCCCACACCCUCUCAUCUUCAGCUUCACGCUCCUCUCUCUCUCUCUCUCUCUCUCUCUCUCUCUCUCUCAGAGAGAGAUAAGAAGAAGCAAGACCAACUCUUAAGAAAACCCAAACCCAGCUGUAUCCCCGUUAUGGUCAAAUCACCAUCCCACACGUUAACCCAAAAGGGCAAACCCGUAAUCUCUCAGCGCAACCCACAACGCCCCAUUUCUUCAUGGGUGAGAGUGCAGACUGUGAGCUCUCUCUCUCUCUCUCUCUCUCAACUUGGAACUUGCACAACAGGGACAGGAGAAAACCGGGUUUCUGCAAAACCGCUUUCCUUUUGUGGUACAGUGAUGCACGAAUUGUUAUCGUACGCCAGGGAGUACAGUGUUCUCUUAACUUACGCAUCCCAAUAAUAAGGACUGGGUAAAAGGUCAAGACCAAGUACUCUUACUACUGAAAAAAGACGAAGAACAAGGCCCCUACCAAAUCACCACGAAAUCUCGGGCUCCUCUAGCUGGAGGAAGCAGCCAUGCACUUUCCGGUACCUACUCACACGUAGUGGUAGACCAGCGUAGUAAAUAGCGUUGGGGUCACCUGGAAUAGGGGUUUAGAGGGUGGUGGCGAUUAGAUUUCUGGGUUGGGAAUAGGGUUUUUUCAUGCAAAGGCAAAGGAGACCCAUGUGAGCAAAGAUGGAAGGGAUAAAUGGGUUGGAGAGAGUCUGGUGAGAAAAGAGGGAUAAGGUUUUGGAUUUUCUGUGUUGGAUUAUUAAUGUUUUUUUCCUUCUUCAGGAAUCUCAGUCAAUCUAUUACAGCAAGAAAACAAACCACAGGGAGAAGAGGUAGUUUGCAAGAGGGUAAAGAUUACAUCUUUUUUGGUGUAAGAAUCCAAGCUGUGGCUUUGGCCCUUCCUUAAUUAGCUACCUCUGGUGCUUGUCUUUAUCCAGAGGAGUCCCGAAGAGUCUGCAAACCAAAAAAGAAACAAACAAGCUAGCUUCUUUAAGAUUUGGGUCUUUUUUUUUUUGUCCUUCCAUGGCGAAUCGAUGGUGGGCUGGAAAUGUGGCGAUGGGAGCUCAUGACUCAAUCACCGCCUCGACACCACCGUCUCUUCAUCUUAGAAACUCUGAAGCCGAAGAGCACAACAACAACAACAACACACCCACCAACAGCAGCACCAGCAACCCAAACAACACUCCACCUCAGAAGCAGGACGACGACCAGGACAGCCGUGACAACGAUCGAGAAGUUGACAAUCAAGACCCUAGCUCCGGCGGCCCCGACAGCCUCGAGCCUGGCUCCAGCAACCGCCGGCCCAGAGGCCGUCCCCCCGGCUCGAAAAACAAGCCGAAACCGCCGAUAAUCAUCACCAAAGAGUCUCCCAACGCUCUCCGGAGCCAUGUCUUGGAAAUCAGCAGCGGCAGCGACAUCGUCGAGAGCAUUGCCACCUUCGCACAGCGCAGGCACAGAGGAGUCUCCGUCUUAAGCGGCAGCGGCAUUGUUUCUAACGUCACUCUUCGUCAGCCGGCAGCGCCGAGCGGGGUCAUAACGCUCCACGGAAGGUUCGAGAUUCUGUCCCUAAACGGUGCGUUUCUGCCUGCCCCGUCGCCGCCGGGGGCUAGUGGCCUGACCGUGUACUUGGGCGGCGGGCAGGGGCAGGUGGUUGGUGGGACUGUUGUUGGAGCUCUGUUGGCUUCCGGGCCGGUGAUGAUCAUUGCGGCGACGUUCACUAAUGCCACUUAUGAGAGACUGCCGCUUGAGGAUGAGAGCAAUGAAGGGAUGCAAUUGCAACAGCAACAGCAGCAGCAGCAGCAGCAAUCCGGUGUGAAUUCGGCAGGGAACGGAGGGAAUUCGGGUUCUCAGGGCUUGAGUGAUCAGCAGCAACAACAGCAACAAGUGCCCAUUUACGCUUUGCCUCCGACUUUGCUUCCAAAUGGUCAGAUGCCGCCUGAUGUGUACUGGGGUCCUCCACCGCCUAGACCUCCGCCUGCUUACUGAGGAAGGAAGAAGGGUAGAUGCUUGGUUUGAUCUUCACCGACUCUUUUUGGUUUUGUGCAAAAUGUCUCGGCAGCUUCUUUCUGUAGGCACAGCAAGCAAGCUGACUACAGUAUAUCCUUCAACAUUGGAUCCUGUAACAAGUUUUGACUUGAAAGGCUUUUAGGUGACUGCUGCACCAAGAAAAAUGAAUCAUCAUAUGUUCUAGCAACCCUUGUGUAACAAGGCCCUCAUUUUAUCUUUAUGUAGAAGUAUCAGUUUCAUUAAAACUUAAAAAAUUAUAAUUAAUUCAAAGUCAGGGUUGGAGUU